GCCUGAGCUGCUGGCGAAGUUGCCGUACAUCGAGGCCGUACUGAAGGAAACCAUGCGGCUGUACCCGGCUGGCUCGUUCCUGGUCCGGGAGGCGCGGGAGGACACGCAGCUGGGACGCGGCCUGGUGGCGCCCAAGGGCGCCUACCUCACCCUCGCCACCCACGCACUGCACCACGACCCGCGGCUGUGGCCGCAGCCGGAGGCCUUCAGGCCCGAGCGCUUCAUGGCGCACGGGGCUGCGGCUGGCGGCGGUGGCGGGCAGGAGGCGGAGGAGGAGCAGGGCGGCGGGGGUGAGGGCGGGGGCGGGCUGCUGGGCCCCCGCCACCCGGCUGCCUGGGCUGCGUUCGGCAUGGGGGCGCGCAUGUGUGUGGGGUACAAGCUGGCAUUAAUGGUUUCCAAGGCCACGCUGGCUAGCCUGCUGCGACGCUUCGUCUUCCACCUGCAUCCGCAGCAGCAGCUGCCCCUCCGCACCCGCACCGGCCUCACGUACGGGCCCGCGGAGGGUGUGUGGCUGGCGGUCAGCAAGCGAGACCUAACCACCUAAGAGUGACAUGCAUCGUUGCAAGCAGUUAUUCCUCGUGUGUGAGAAGGUAUUUAGCUUACCGAAAGGCAGGGUUUGCGUACGGCAGCUGGCAACCAGUUUUGUGUACGGAUUAGGUUGCAGCGAUUCGUGGAUUUGUAUGAUGGAGUGCAGAGGCUCAUUGUACGGCAACUGUACGGCAAAAGUGUAUAAAUGUAUUAUUACGUAGCGUUCCAGUAUGUAUGUACCGCAGAGAUUAUGGUGUACGGCUGUAGGUCACACAAGCAGGGGAUUUGCUCGAAUAUGGUGUAGAUGCUGUACGCUGGGAGAUGUUGUGUGUUUGGAUUUGGACAGGAAACUUCCCGACAGUUUGUACAGUUGGUUGCACUCCUUGUAUGGGGCUAGGGGGACAUUUUGCUUUUUGUCAGUUCUCUUUCUCGGCGGCCACGUUCAAGUAUGUACGCAUCCAGCUAGAGUCCGCCAAUUACCCCAAGUAACGAUACACUAGCUCAUGCUGUUGUCCCCCUUCCGGGUGUGCUUUUGCCCUCCUGUGUGCUUGCUUGCCCCGCGCUGCC